CAAAAUGCAUUCAUGUUGAGACCGUACAGGAAGCUAGCAAACGACUCGCUAAAGCGGGCAAGGCUCUCGUGCAUGACUUGGAAGUGCAUCAUGUUGACUUCCAGAUCGGCCAUGGCGUCCGAAAGUUCCGCGAAGGCCGGCUCGAAUGCGUUCAGGGGGAAUGGGGCAUCGCCAUCGCCGGCGCUCCGAGCCGAGUCGCGAAAAGAGGAGCGCGAUGAGGGCCGGAGCGGGGUGGUAGGACGCGACGUGCGCGAACGGGAGUUGGAGCGCUGGCGGUCGCCAGACAUUGUGUGAGCGAGGGCAAUUCGGUAUGUGGAGUCUUUGUUGUCGAUGUUUUUGUGACGCUGCCGUUCUCGAUGAUCGGUGGGUUGUCCGGCAAUCGAGUGGAGUUGUGGUUGUAUAGGAAUUUACUGCACGAGGUUUUGAUGUAGGUACUGAACGUCAACAACCACACAAUCAAAGGCGGUGGUUUGGGUUCUG